AUGCCUAACGCCACUGUCACAGUGUCGGAGUUUGUUCUGCAUUGUGCAAUCGAAACGGACAAGAUGACCUUUACCAUCGUGGCCCUUGCCUUCAUCUAUCUGGUGUCACUCUUUGGAAACCUGAUGGUAAUUAUGGUCAUAAUCAUGAACCCUCACCUUCAGAGCCCCAUGUUUUUCUACAUCGGCACCUUAGCAGUGAUUGACGUGGUCAACAGCAGCAACCUCAUCCCUCGAAUGCUGGCCGUCCUGCUUUUUAAGGCCGCCACUGUCCCAUACGGGCCCUGCUUGCUCCAGCUUUCAGUGGUGUACCAUCUCGGGUUGGCAGAAAGCUUUCUUUUGUCUCUUAUGGCCUGUGAUCGCUAUGUAGCUGUUGUGUACCCCCUGAGGUACCCCUCUAUUGUGACUAAAAAGACAGUUUGGUUCAGCAUCUUACUAGUGAAUAUAUUUUCUGCUGCCAUCCUCACCCCCUACAUGGUUUUUGCUACAGAACUUUCAUUUUGCCGCAGUAAUAUCCUACCUUACUGUUUCUGUGAUUUUGUCACAAUGGUUCAUGUCUCUUGCACAGAAGACCCCAGACACCUAACACUUUUAUCCAGCACCACAAUAAUCACAGGUGUUGGAACCUUAGGAGUCAUCCUCCUUUCCUAUGGCAGGAUUAUCGUGGCUGCCCUGAAGAUCUCUUCAGCAGAAGGGAAGAAGAAAGCUUUCAGCACUCUUCUCACCCACCUUCUGGUGGUCUGCCUGUUCUAUUUUCCACUGAUGACUUCUUAUAUAUUACCAGGAAUUGGAGUGCAGUUGUCUGCAGAAGCUUACAAUGUGCUGGUCAUCAUAGCCAUUAUGGUGCCCCCCAUGAUGAAUCCUAUCAUCUACAGCUUCAGGAACAAGGAGAUCAAGGGGAGCAUUUACAGGCUGUGGACAGGGAAGAGAGUGGAUCCAGACAGCCAUUAA